AUGUUUGAUUCCAAGUUUAUACGUUUUUUUAGUACAAUCUCUCCCAAAGGUGACAAUGCAAAAGAGGUUACAGCGAGCAAACUAGCCCUCAAUAUCGAAGUGCAAAGUGAUCAAAGUAGCAAAUCUCUUUGCGAUUCUGCUUCCGAUGUUUUAGCGAGUGAGAUCGGUGACGGUAAGUAUGAAGGGAUCCGGCUAAAGAAACAACUGAAAUCCCGCCACAUAUCUAUGAUUGCAAUUGGUGGAUCACUAGGUACAGGACUUCUUAUUGCAACCGGAGAAUCUUUGAAGGUGGCAGGCCCAGUUUCAACUUUAAUUGCCUAUACAUUCGUAGGAAUAAUGGUUUUUUUUACCAUGGCGUGUCUUGGUGAAAUGGCAACUUUUAUCCCACUGGAUGGUUUCACCAGUUAUGCAUCCAGAUACUGCGACCCAGCAUUAGGGUUUGCAGUAGGUUAUGCGUAUUUAAUCAAAUAUUUUAUCCUACCCCCCAACCAGCUAACUGCGGCUGCAAUGGUUAUGCAGUACUGGGUUCCCAGAGAUACUGUCAAUCCUGGUAUUUGGGUCACCUUGGUGUUUGCAGUUAUAACGGUCAUCAAUAUAUUCGGUGUCCGAUUUUUUGGAGAGUUUGAAUUCUGGCUAUCCAGCUUGAAAGUGUUGAUAAUGAUUGGUUUGAUAAUCUUACUGUUCGUGAUAAUGCUUGGAGGAGCUGGCAGUCACGAUAGACUAGGGUUUAGGUACUGGAAGCACCCAGGUGCAUUCAACGAUUAUUCGGAUGAUAUAUCUGGAUCGCUAGGAAAGUUUGUUUCUUUUGUCGCUGUCCUGGUACUUGGUGUUUUUGCAUAUCUUGGUAUUGAAUUAACAGGAAUAGUAGCGGCUGAGGCAUCCAAUCCCCGAAGGAGUGUUCCCAAAGCUAUCAAAUUGACAUUUUACCGCAUAUUGGUAUUCUAUGUAGUUUCCAUAUUUCUUUUGGGAAUGUGUGUUCCGUACAACGACGAAAAGCUUGUGACAACAAAUGAGAAUAGCCUAACUGCAUCACCUUUUUCUAUUGCUAUUUUAAAUGCCGGUAUUACAGUUUUACCAGAUAUAUUCAACGGUUGCCUUUUAAUUUUUGUUUUCAGUGCAGCUAAUUCUGACCUCUACGUUGCCUCCAGGAACUUAUACAGCUUGGCCGUGGAUAACAAGGCCCCCAAAAUCUUUGCACACACUAACAGAUGGGGAAUACCAUACAAUUCUCUUUUUGUUUCCUGUCUAUUCUGUUUACUGGCGUACAUGACGGUAUCAUCUUCUUCUGCCCAAGUUUUUAAAUAUUUCGUUAAUGUGGUUUCUAUCGCCGGCCUUUUAACCUGGAUAUCGAUUCUCAUCACAUAUAUCUGUUUCGACAGAGCUGUGAGAGCUCAACAUGUCGACAAAUCGACAUUCGCUUACGUUGCACCUUUCCAACCAUACGGGGCUUACGUGUCACUGUUUUUUUGUUGUCUAAUCGCAAUAAUAAAGAACUUCACGGUGUUUUUGGGUCAUUUUGAUUAUAAAACAUUUAUUACUGGCUACAUUGGGCUUCCAAUUUUUGUUCUCUGUUAUUUUGGUUACAAGAUCACCUGUAAGAGUGAGAUAAGGUCCGCAAGGUACGUAGAUCUCGUAUCUCAGAAGUCGUUGGUUGACAGAGAGCAGGUGGAGUAUGAACUCAUAGAACAACUCAAAAGGGAAGAAAUGAUAGCUAACACCAAGUAUUCGAUAGUAAUUGCAUUAAGACGCUGGUUUUCAAAUUUUUUUUGGUUGAUGAGCCUGCAUAGUACUGUUGACCAAAACAAAGUACUAGGAGCUCCUGCUGUUAAGUUUUAUACCAUUCGGUGGAGGUACGAAUACUUUACCCGCGAAAAAAAAGUUCAUUACUCUAUCAAAACGGAUUGUAUAUACCAUUAA